AUAAUUAUUUAAUUAUUAUUAAUUAAAACUUUAGAAUUAAUAAUGGGAACACAGAUAAUAAUGAGAUAUAGAGACACAGAAAUGGAAUACUGAAUAAAACACGUUUUUUAUAAUUAUCACAAAAUAUAUACAUUUUUUUUAAAAAAAAAUGAGCAAAAUUUCGUGUAUAACUCCCUCUUUCCACCACUCUUAUAAACUCCACCUUCUGCUAAAACCAGACUCCACAAUACAGCCAAGAGAGAGAGAGAGAGAGAAGAAGCGAAGCAGAGAUGACGAAGGAAGUGAGCGAAGAGCCGGAGGUCCACCACCACGGGAAGGACUACGUGGACCCGCCGCCGGCGCCGCUGCUCGACUUCGGCGAGCUCAAGCUCUGGUCCUUCUACAGAGCCCUCAUCGCCGAGUUCAUCGCCACACUCCUCUUCCUCUACGUCACCGUCGCCACCGUCAUCGGCCACAAGAAGCUCAACGCUCUCGACCAGUGCGACGGCGUCGGCCUCCUCGGCAUCGCCUGGGCCUUCGGCGGCAUGAUCUUCAUCCUCGUCUACUGCACCGCCGGCAUCUCAGGCGGCCACAUCAACCCUGCGGUGACGUUCGGGCUGUUCCUGGCCCGGAAGGUCUCGCUGAUUCGGGCCGUGGCGUACAUGGUGGCUCAGUGCUUGGGCGCCAUCUGCGGCGUCGGCUUGGUCAAGGCUUUCAUGAAAAACCCCUACAACAGGCUCGGCGGCGGAGCUAACGUAGUUAGCUCAGGGUACAACACCGGCACUGCGCUCGGCGCUGAGAUCAUUGGUACCUUCGUCCUCGUCUACACCGUCUUCUCCGCCACCGACCCCAAGAGGAGCGCUCGCGACUCUCACGUUCCUGUUUUGGCUCCGCUUCCAAUCGGAUUUGCGGUGUUCAUGGUUCAUUUGGCGACGAUCCCCAUCACCGGAACCGGAAUCAACCCGGCGAGGAGCUUCGGCGCUGCGGUGAUCUACAACAACAGCAAAGCUUGGGAUGAUCAUUGGAUAUUCUGGGUGGGGCCGUUCGUGGGGGCGCUGGCCGCGGCGGCGUACCACCAGUAUAUAUUGAGGGCCGCCGCCAUCAAGGCGUUGGGAUCAUUCAGGAGCAACCCGACCAACUGAGGCAGCAGCUAUGUGAAGAAAUUGGAUUGAUUAAUGUGUUGUUAUUAUUAAUAUUAAUUAAUUGUGUUUGGUUAAUUUAAUUAUGAUUGCUUCUGUGUGUAAUGGGAGGAGAAUGUUUAUUUGACUGUGAAUCCCCACCUUGUGUGAUUUUUCUAUCUUUUUUUUUUCUCCAACAUUUUCGUACAGUUGUAAUUUAUCCUUUUGUCUCUUUAUCUAUUUUGUAAAUUAUGAAGUGCUUAUCUAUUAAUUGCAAUUAAAUUCUACA